CCCUCCCUCCCUCUGGUUCCGCAGGACAAUGUUUGAGGACGCUGCCUUUCCUGCAAACACUUCGGCUCUCGGGGGAGAUGGGCGGUUCACCGACAUCACGUGGCUUCGCCCAAAGGAGAUAGAUCCGAGCGCUGUGCUGUUCCCUGCUGAUGACGAAAUGCAGGCCGAGGAUGUGACCCAGGGAACUCUCCACAAGUACAGCACUCACAGACAGACACACAGACAGACAGACAGACAGACAGACAUGUGACUGCCGGGCACUGCGUACCGCCCCUUGCACCUUUCUGUCCGCUCUUCCUUCAGCUGCUACUUUGUGGCCGCGCUCUCUUUGCUGACGCAGGUCCCGAGGCUGCUGCGGCGGCUGAUUGUCGAAUACAAUGAAGCCGCCGGAAGAUUCGUGAUGCGGCUGUUCAUGGACUGUGGUAAGGGCGACGGGAUGAAGGUCUGCUGCCGGGCUGCGUACAUAUGUCUUUCCGUUCAUUGGCCAUUGACACAGAGUGGCGCAAGAUUGAGAUUGAUGACAGGUUGCCGUGUCGUGUGUCUGGUCGGGGCACUCCCACACUCGCCUUUGCGCACUCCAGGAAGGGCCAUGACUUCUAUGUCGCUCUCAUAGAAAAGGUCAGCAGCUGUCCUGAAGUCCACUUAUUCCCCUUUUCUGCGCAUGCGUGUGUGUGGUUGCUCAGGCAUAUGCAAAGGCAUGGGGGUCAUACUCUGCCAUUGAAGGCGGUGGGUAUUGUUCCGAUAUGGCAAUGAUUGCCACUCAGCGCCUCGCUGUCUCCUGACAUUCAGGCAACAUGGGUGAAGCUCUGUUCGAUCUGACAGGUGGAAUGGUCGAUGACGUCAACCUGGAAAGGUCACACUCCACGAGCACAACACACACGUGACACAGAUGUAAGUGGCUUCCCCUUGUUCCUAAGGCUGCUCACUACCCCCUCAGAUAAAGACCCACAGGCCGCCGCAUUCAAACUUCUCCAAGUGAGACAGUCACACAAAGGCGCCAUCCUGGCUGCAGUGCAGGCAGUCAUCGGGGGACUUCUGUGUAUGCGUUGGUUCAGGAGUAUCAGCAGAAAGGCGCUCUCGUCAGCUGUGGUCGCUUUGAGGGUGAAGAUGACAAAAACCACAGGAGCGGCCCACAGCGGUUUGAAAGAAACGACGCCGGUAUGCCACCUCUGACAAACAGCACACUGGCAGACGCCACAGUUCCCAUCCCUGGCACCGGUAGGCAUUGUGGUCAAUCAUGCGUACGGUGUGCUGGACGUGAGGAUUCUCCAGACAGACAAGAAGAAACACAGGCUCGUCAGGUGCGCUUCUGCGUCUAUGUUAGGGUCUGCAUGGCCAUCCGUCCGUUCGUCUGGACUCUUGUCCAUCGAAUAGGGUUCGCAACCCCUGGGAAUCCCAUUGCGGCGCGUGGACGGGCGAAUGGGGGCAGAACAGCAAGCUCUGGAACAAAGUAAGGCGUCCUUCAGCGCACCAGUGAGUGCCUUUGGGCGGCCGAAAGGCAUCUUGUGUUGCUGUGCAGGAGCGACGGAGCGCCUUGAAUUAUGCCAAGGAAGACGAAGGCAAGAGGGGCGACUUCUGGCUGUCGAUCGAAGAGUUCAUGCGGUGAGUACACCCCACACCACAACGGUGCCUCUCAUAUAUGUCAGUAUCCGUGGAUCGUUCCACCCCCAGGCACUUCAACCGCAUACACGCGUGUCACACGACGUUUCUCGACGACUCGCAGGAGCCACCUGUCCAGUCGCUGGUCAUCCGAGGCGCAUGGAAGGGCAAAACAGCCGGCGGAUGCACGUAUGACAGACAGAGACACAGAUAGAUGCACACGAUGUUUCUUAUAUGCCUCCCUGUGUGGCCACCGGUGCGUUCGCGCAGCAACUACCCAUCCUUUCGCCACAACCCAAUGCUGCGAUUGGAGGUCUCUGAGACGCUCACCAAGCCACUGGACGUCCACAUCUUGCUCACACAGCCGGACGAGCGACGACGUGUCCGUGAGGCCGGUCUGCAGCUGAGCUAUCCCCAGAUCGGCCUCACCCUGAUCAGACAGCACUUCCAACCCAUUGAGGCCAUCCCGACCGAUGCCGCCGCUCUCACACCUGGUGCGCUGCACAAGAGACACGCGUCGAUAGAGACGCGGGAAUUGCAUCAUUUGUCUCGGUCUUUCUCAGACAGGGCACAGAUCGUCCAUAGAACCUCUUUCUGGUCGGUCGGAAAAACGGGAGAAUUUCGUCGACAUGGCCACGUGUACGUCUCCUUGCUUCUUCUCUUUCAGGAAUAAGCGAGAUGUGGGUGCAGCUGUGUCGCUGCUGCCGCCCGCUCUGCUGCAGAAAGAACCCUCAGACAACAUACCCGUCGCCGAAAACACGUCUCCGGAGUACCGGCUGGUGCCGAGCUCUUACUUCCCAAACCAGGAGGGCGACUUCACGCUGCUCCUGCAGUGGCGGGGUGGCAGAGAGCUUCUGAAUGUGGCCUGCAUCAACUUCCCUUGUGUGACACAGGUCGGUCGGCAAACUGAUGGGUGGCACCGACGAGAGAGUCUGUCUGUCUGUCUGUCUGCAGGGCGUCCGCAGCUGUGUGUCGGUGAAGGGGCAGUGGAAGGGUCCGACGGCGGGAGGACGGCCGCAGCUCAACACGUUCACGUCUGUAACCGCACAAACACAUAAGUGAAAGGCCACAGACACGCACUCCCAGUGUGUGUGAUCUGAUGUGUGUGUGCCAUGGCAAGCAGAAGGAAUCCGUGUUUCUCUCUCACGACUUCAGCAAGCGAGACGCCGCUGACGAUCGUCCUCACACACACUCCAUCAUCACAAGGCGGUGCAGCAUCGAAUAGGUUUCCCCCCGCUGCCGUGGUCGUCCUCAAUGUCCCUGCCAAACAGGUGAGUGAGCAGAUGACAUGUAAGCUCGUGAAUGUCUCUAUUCUCCCCACGUAUGGCUGCAGUUUGACAAUUCGUCAAAUGCCGCUGCUGAAGGGUGUCUCGCCCAGUCGCCGAUACCCAUACCCGUCGCAGCAUCGUAAGCGAACCAGCCCGCGGAAAAGAUAUAUAUCACUGCUGGUGGUGUGACCGAUGCAUGUGUGCAUCUAUCAAAUGCAGUCAGUGGUCCCAGUCAAUGGUGCUGAAAGCAAAGCAAGUAGAGACGCCCAGCCCGUUCGAGUUCUUCUUGGUGCCUUUCACACACCAGUCGGCCAAAGUGAGUCAGUCGGUGGGACAGCAGACCACGCCUCAAUGGACGCAGAACCUAAGACAUCCACGUACGUCUUCAGGAGGGCUCUUUCGAGCUGUGCGUCGAAUCGUCAGCAGAGAAUAUGACCCUCAGUGACGUCACAUCGAGGCAACCACCACCGACAAAGCCGAAGGCGUCACCUGCAGCUGCCCCAGCGACAAGUGGUGCUGUGUCUCCGCUGAAGGCGGCCAUCGCCGUCGCUGCGGGUAGGGAGCCCACAGGCGAACACGAGGAGACAGCGGGGAGGGUGACGGGUGGAGGGAGGGCCAAAGGCAAAGCCAAGACGAAGCCGAAAGCUAAACCAAAGGUGAGAAAGGUGGAUGGAUGAAUGGUGGUGGGAUGGCAUGGCAUGUAUUCCAAUCAUUGUCUGCUGUGUGUGGUGUGAGUGCAGGCGGGUAUUGACAGCGCCAAGCAGGUCAUCCGGUCACAGUUUGACCUCUAUCAGGACCUCUGACUGCGACUGGUAGGGAUGUGGGGAG